GGUUAUGUUGCUGAUAUAAAUUACUGUGCCCCGCAAGAUCAAAUUAAACAAAUUUCUCAAGGGGAUGAAAAAGUGCCUAUAGUCUCUGGAAUUGUUUUCUUAAAUUCUAAUGUAGCUGAAAGUUUUCUUGCUUUGCAUGUGCAAGCUCCAUUAGACAGCUGUACAUAUCUAGGCCUUGACAGUGGUAAUGAUCCAAUACAAGUAUCUCUAUUCUUUGAUCUUUUGAUUGCUAUGUCUACUAAUAUGGAUAAAAGCCGAUUUGUAUCUGGAAAAUGCAGCAAAACUUACAAUCUUAAGUUUGGUCUUACUAAUGAAUCUUCUCAAGAAAUUUGUUUUGCAAGAUCUCUUAUUUGGGAUGAGCUUUCUAAAUAUAAAAUGUCUGCAAAAGUCCUUUCUUACUGUACACAUUUGUAUUGGUCAAGUCUUAAUUCUGUGAAAUUUCACAUGUCCAACUUAUUCAAGAUAGCAAAUUCAAAACUUGUACAUUCCUUAUGCUUGGUGGAUAAUCCUGGUUCAUUUACCCCUCAAGGCCUGUUAAUUAAUUCUUCCAUCUACGCAGAAUCCUGUGAUAUACCUCAAAGCUCUAUAAUAUGUGACUCUUUCAUUGAAACAAAAGCACUGACUGUGGGAGAAAAUUCUUAUAUUUCUGGUAUAACAUUCAUCGAUAAAAACCAUGUUUUAAACUUAUGUGAUAAUCUUGCUGUGGUAAAUAUUACUACUACCAUUUGCCUGGAAUGUUCUAUAAUUGUUGUGCUUGGAGUUGAAGAUGAUCCAUUUAUUCCUGUAAAUUUUAAUGCAGAAAGUUUCUGUUUGUCUUCAUUUCUACAGAAAAAUGAACAAGAUAUAUGGGAUCCUCAUAUGCUCAACCUGAGAAAAACUCUUGCGAAUGCUAAACUUUAUCCACCUGGUUUUUCCUUAAAGGAUAUUCUUCAACUCUUUUUCUGUGAUAGGCCCACUGAACAUCAUGAAUCAUUACUGAAAAUGUGGAGAGAAAGUAAGCGCUUUUCUUUAAUUGAGUUAGCUGAAAAUAUUGAUUAUGAAAAAGUCUAUAACCAAAGGAGAAACCAAUAUUCUAAAACUUCAUGUGAAAUUAUAAAAAGGGUGCUAUGCCAAAAUGAAGAUACAUACUUACUUCCUUAUUUUUAUGCUGCUCAAUCAGAGGGGUGGACCCAAAAUAUCAUGAAUACUUUGGACAGUGUGUUAUUAUCUUAUCAAAGAUCAGUUGUUUACACACGAACUCUGAGUAAUGUUGCUGAUCUUCUUAGUAUAAUGUCUGGUGAAACUGGAGGUUUAAGAAGUGGUCCUGGUAAUAACCGAAUUUGGGACAAAGCUUUUGAAUUGUUAUUGGUUGGCCAUACUGUGGCUGGAAUGAAAGCACUUCUUCGUGAGAGAUCAAAUUGGAUGGAUAGACCAGACCACAUUAUGAGAUCUGCUAGACAUUUUGAAAGAGCUGCUCAAAUAAUGAUACAGAAUUCUGUGAAAACUGUUACUGAGUUCAUUACAUUAUCAUCUGUAAGUUUGCCUGAUAUGGGAACCAUAGUAACAGUUGAGUGUCCUGCUCGCAUAGAUUUACAAGGUGGAUGGUCUGAUACUCCUCCAAUCUGCUACGAAUUAGGGGGCUCUGUUGUAAAUGUUGCUGUAUUAAUUGAUGGAAAGAAACCCAUUGGUGCUCGAGCUUGCAGAAUUCCUGAACCUCACAUUCGUCUAAAAAUUGGAAUUGGGGAACUGCAUCAUGAAAUUAUAAUUACAGACAUAAAAGAUAUUUUAAACUAUGAUCAGCCAAAUGCAAAAGGAGCUUUGCUUAAAGCAGCAAUUAUUUGUACUGAAAUCAUUGACAGUAAUUCUCUAAUAGCUUUAGCAGAUCAACUUCUUUCAAAAUUCGGUGGUGGUUUUGAAAUUCAAUCUUGGUCUUUAUUGCCUCAAGGAUGUGGAAUGGGCACAAGCAGUAUUCUUGCUGGAGCUAUAAUUGCCGCUUUAUGGUCUGCUUCUGGAAAAAUGUAUGACAAGCUAACUGUAAUUCAUGCUGUCUUGCAUGUUGAGCAACUUUUAACUACUGGUGGUGGCUGGCAAGAUCAAGUGUCUGGAAUCACAGGUGGGGUUAAUAGAGGUUAUUCUGACCCAGUUCUACCAUUGCAAGUAAAAAUAGAUUCAUUAAAUCUUAAAGAAGAAAUCAUUGAACAGUUGAAUGCACGUUUAUUACUUAUUUAUACUGGAAAAGUACGAUUAGCUAAAAACUUACUUCAGAGUGUUAUUCGCAAUUGGUAUGCCAGGGAAGAAACUGUUGUGAAAUGUUUUAAAGAUCUUCUUUCAAAUUCAUAUGAAAUGAAGCAAGCUUUAC